AUGUGUAAAGGAGGAUGUAUAAAGGAUGUUGCCCAGAGAGGGGAAGAGCUUGGGAAGAGGAACACUCCCUCUGCGCUUCCCUGAGGAAGGACCCGGCGGCGCUGCUCUCCUCCUGUGCACUGGGUGUACAUCCCCAGGCAGGUGGGUCUGGCUCUGCGCUCCAGGACGGGAUGUAUCCUCUGGACAUGGCCACCUCCCCUCAGCCACUCACCACCAAGGUCGCCAGUUCCGAGAACAGCAGCGCCUUCUAUGACUACGAGUACUACUUGGACCAGGCGGCCUUCAUGCCCUGCAUGAAGGACCAGGUGCUGGCCUUUGGCAGAGUCUUCCUGCCCGUCUUCUACAGCCUGGUCUUCGUGCUGGGCCUGAGCGGGAACCUCCUGCUCCUAGUGGUCUUGCUCCGGUACGUGCCUCGCAGGAGGAUGACUGAGGUCUACCUGCUGAACCUGGCCAUCUCCAACCUCCUGUUUGUGGUGACCCUGCCCUUCUGGAUCACCACCGUGGCCUGGCAUUGGGUCUUUGGGAAUUUCUUGUGCAAGAUGGUGAGCACUCUCUAUACCAUCAACCUCUACAGUGGCAUCUUCUUCAUUAGCCUCAUGAGCCUGGACAAGUACCUGCAGAUCGUCCACGCUCAGCCCCACCACUGGCUGAGGCCCCGGGCCAGGCGCUGGCUCCUAGCUGUCAUCGUGUGGGCGGUGGCCCUGGCUGUCUCCAUCCCUGACAUGGUCUUUGUGCGGAUCCAUGAAAACCACCAGGGUGUGUGGAACUGCCAUGCGGAUUUCGGGGGGCAUGGGACCGUCUGGAAGCUCAUACUCCGCUUCCAGCAGAACAUCCUGGGGUUUAUCCUCCCACUCUUCGCCAUGAUCUUCUUCUACUCCCGCAUCGGCUCUGCCCUGGUCAGGCUGAGGCCCCCGGGCCAGGGCCGGGCUCUGAAGGUAGCCGUCUCCCUCGUGGUGGCCUUCUUCGUGCUGUGGUUCCCGUACAACCUCAUCUUGUUCCUGCACUCGCUCAUGGACCUGAAAGUCUUUGGGGACUGCGAGACCAGCAAUUACCUGGAUUAUGCGCUGCAGGUGACAGAGAGCAUCGCCUUCCUUCACUGCUGCUCCACACCCAUCCUCUACGCCUUCUCCAUCCGCUGCUUCUGCCAGUACCUAAAGGCUUUCUUGGCCGAGUUGUUUGGACGGCGCCAGGGACCAUGCCCUGCCCAGGCCCCACUGUCCAGCUGUUGUGAGAGUAGCAGCCUCACUGUCCAAGAAGAAAUGACCAGCAUGAAUGACCUUGAGGAGGGGCAGGCUGAGGGCUCCCCCAACAAGGGGGCUGUCGGGGGAAAUAAAGCCUCAGCGGCCAUGCCACAGUCCGGUGAGAGCGGAGGGGACCCAGCUCAGCUGGGCAUCCACCCAGCGUCUUCUCUCCAAGGGCCCCCGUGACCACGCUGCUCAGCCCAGAGCUCAGUUCUCAACCCUCAGCAGCACCCGCUCACUCCUUCCAGGACAUCAUACUCCCUGAUCUGCUGCAGCGGUUGCCCAACUGACCUCUGUGUCCUAUUGUCACCGUCUCCUAUCAUCUCAUCUGCACCCGCAGCCAGCGUGAUUGCAACACCUUUGGCCUUCACUGCCAUCUCCUUCCCAGUAGCCUGCGGCCUCCUACCCACCAGGCCGCUCCUGGCCCCCGCGUUCAGCUGGGGAAAUCCUGGUGUUGUUUUGUUUAAUGCUGCAACCUUGGUGGUGGCUCCGGAGCCUGGCAAUCCGGAGGCUCUGGAGAUGCAGCACCUGGGGACCUGCCGAGGGGGAAAGGCAGGCGCAGCUCAGUCCAGGAGCAGGGCUGCCCCCUCCACCCUGGGAAGUGUGGCGAGGGCAUUCACAGCAGUUACUACCUAGGAAAACAUCUCUUUUCUUCCCGGGGAGCCUGCAAUUCCACCAAUGGCACGUCAUUCCCGACUGGCUUUGUUAUAAGCUUUCCUCACAGAAUACACAUCGUGGGCUUUUCUCUGAGGGACAGAAAAACUGGUGCAGAAAUGAGAGCUGCUGGGUCAGGACAGGUCUCAGUCUUCCUACUGCCUCGAGCCUCUGCAAGGAAAGUGGGGGGGGGGGCCCUUGGAGAGGGUGUCUCCAGCAGUCCCCAUGGGGGCACGGGGGCGGGCAGCCAGCAGUGGGCAUUGGCCUGUAAGUGCACUCUCUAAUUCUGGGAACUCACGGCCUGUUGUUACAUGGACAUCCUUUGCUGUGGGAUGGGAGUCUUGUAUUUACUUCAUACCUGACCACCCAGGCUUCCCUCGGUUCCAGCCUACCCUCAGACAGGUCACAGGAUCCAUGAAGUUCAUUCUCAAUUGAGACUCUUGGCCCUGACUCAGUGGACUGGAGCCCUCAGCCCUUCCCCAGCCUGUCCCCAGGCCAGGCUCCUGGCCCGUGGUCCUUUGGGGGGGGGGGGAGGGGGAUGGGAUGCAGCACCCAGGUCUGGGCAGGGACAAGGAGGUAUGUGAAGGCCCUGCCACUUUGCUCCAUUCCACACCUGCUCCGGCACCAGGCCUGGCUAUGUGGGCAGGUUGUUGGGAAGCUCCCUCCCCAUGGUCAGCCCCCAGCCUCCCAGCCCCGUCCUCCCUCUCCUAUGCUCCCUACUAACUCUGUAUGCUGCUGGCCCCUCAUGGAACAGGAUGGAACCAGUCAAAGCUCUGUCAGGCUCCAGGUAGGUCAGCAUUUGGGGGCAGCUAGACCCAGAGAAAGCCAGCCCUGACCCAGAGUCACAUAGCUGGUGGGGACAGACUCCUGUUAGUCUGCUAUCUGGGCAAAACUCAGGGCAGAACAGGCCACCUCAGCAGGAAGGAAGAGGCCAGUCAGGGGUGAGGGGAGGAGUAGCAGAGAGAAGCCCCACUGGGCAGUCCUUGCAGGGGGUCCAUGCUGCUGGGGCCUCCCUCCUCCAGGACCCUACACCAGUUCCCACAAUCACAGCCCCAGCCAGGCCCUGCCAUCAGCCAGCUGCAGCUCUGGCAGCAUCCCCUCCCCGUCUCCCAGCCCUGGUAAGCAUGGCAACAGGAACUGUCUCUAGUUCAUAUGCCAGAAAGCUGAGUGAGGGCACAGAGGGAAGGAAGUGAUUUGAGGAAGUGAAAUAAAUUAGCUCAGACUGGAAGUCAGGUGUCUAUAAUUUAAUCCACAGCUGGGGAAUUGGGGGGUCAGAGAUGAGGAACAUGAUACCAAGCCCCAUGGGUCCAGUGUGGGGAGGGGACAGGAGGAGGAAUCCCAGACAGACAGCAAGGACACAUAACAGAUGUGCUGUGAUGCAAACAGUACUCGGGGAGCCCCAGUAGCUGGAGGCCAGAGGAUGGGAUGGGGCCAGACCUAAGAAGGCUUCCAGGGGUAGCUGGCACUGAGGUUGGCAGGACAAGCAAGCAGCUGUGCUUUCUAGACCUAGAGAGUUCCACCAGGGAAAGCUGGCGAAGUUGAAUAGCACUGGAUGGACAAUUUGGGGACCAACUGGGGCAAAACCUAAAUAUCAGGUGUGUGAAGGGAAUGGGGAACCAGAAAAUAAAAUAGUGACAAUUAGAGAUGCUUUUAGAAAAAGGUCUCUGGCAGCAGAGUGAGCAGAGGGCCCGGCAGGCCGGGUGUGGAGAGAAAUGCUUGAAUCACUCCUACACGGAGGCAGCAUUUCUCUACCGGCUGUGCCCUGUCUGGUGGCCACUACCCACACCUGCUGUGGAGCACUUGGAAUGGGGCCGGCUUGAACUGAGACGCGCUGGAAGGGUAAAAAGUGCACACCAGAUUUUUGAACAUACAAUAUACAGAUGAUGUUUUAUACCAUUGUACCCCUGAAGCCUAUAUAUUUUAUUAACCAAUGUCACCCCAAUAAAUUCAAUUUUUUAAAAAGUACAUACCAGAUAUGGAAGACAAUACCAAAAAAGAAAUCUAAAAAUAUUCUUUAUAUUGAUUACAUGUUGAAAUGCUAAUAUUUUGGAUAUA